AGGGAAGGCAAACUCCGGGGAGGGGCUCUGUUGGACCUUAGCUGGGUCAUCCUCUGUGAGGGAUGAGAACUCUCAGGGGCUGGCUGCAGGUCCCCUCUGGGGUAAUUCCCUCAUCUUUUGGCCCCAUGAAAGAGCUUGUCCUUAGUUCUUGGGGAAUCAGGUUGAUCCUUCCUCAGCUGCUGGGUCUUUUAGGCUUUUGAUUUCUUUGCUGGAGAGUUAACAGCCCCCACGCUGUCCACUCUUCGCCCCUGGGACUGAGCUGGGCAGGCAAAGCUGAACAUCCUGAGUCAUCUUACUGUUCCCUUUCCUAUUCUUCUUCCUCUUCCGGGCGUCCCAGCUCCCGCCUCACCUCCUUUGGUCGCUCAAGUGACCUCCCUAUCCCUUAGAACCAUCAGGGUCCUGUGACUUAUUUGACUGCUCUCCCUCAUCCCCAAAUGCACUGGACCAGCCACAGGAUGUCAAGGAAACGUGGGACCUUAUUUAAAACCUCUGAGCCUGUCUCCUCAAUAUCUGCCUUCGGUUCGUUGUGGGGAAACGCAGGGCACAGGGAUUUAGUAGACAGUCUAUGCUGCCUGCUAUUACUAAUAUUAUCAUCAUCAUCAUCAUCAUCAUCAUCAUCAUUAUUGCUGCAGUGUAGGAAUAGAACAAUGGAGAUGGUGUUCAUUGCUACAGUGACUGGCUCCCUGAGCCUGGUGACUGUUGUGGGUAACAUCCUGGUGAUGCUGUCCAUCAAGGUCAACAGGCAGUUGCAGACGGUCAACAACUACUUCCUCUUCAGCCUGGCGUGUGCGGAUCUCAUCAUAGGGGCAUUCUCUAUGAACCUCUACACUUUGUAUAUCAUCAAGGGCUACUGGCCCCUGGGUGCCGUGGUCUGUGACUUGUGGCUGGCCCUGGACUAUGUGGUGAGCAAUGCCUCUGUAAUGAACCUUCUUAUCAUCAGCUUCGAUCGUUACUUCUGCGUCACCAAACCCCUCACCUAUCCCGCCCGCCGCACUACUAAGAUGGCAGGUCUCAUGAUCGCAGCUGCCUGGGUCUUGUCCUUUGUGCUCUGGGCUCCUGCCAUCUUGUUCUGGCAGUUUGUGGUGGGCAAGAGGACGGUGCCUGAUAACCAGUGCUUCAUCCAGUUCUUGUCCAACCCGGCAGUGACCUUUGGCACCGCCAUUGCUGCCUUCUACCUGCCUGUGGUCAUCAUGACGGUACUGUAUAUUCACAUCUCACUGGCCAGCCGCAGCCGCGUUCACAAGCAUCGACCUGAGGGCCCCAAGGAGAAGAAGGCCAAGACUCUGGCUUUCCUCAAAAGCCCUCUGAUGAAGCCGAGUAUCAAGAAACCUCCACCAGGGGGCGCUUCUCGAGAGGAACUGCGCAAUGGGAAGCUAGAAGAGGCUCCUCCGCCAGCCCUGCCCCCGCCUCCACGCCCAGUGCCUGACAAGGACACUUCCAAUGAGUCCAGCUCAGGCAGUGCCACCCAGAACACCAAGGAACGGCCACCCACAGAGCUGUCCACCGCAGAGGCCACCACUCCAGCACUGCCUGCCCCUACCCUGCAGCCACGAACCCUCAACCCAGCCUCCAAAUGGUCCAAGAUUCAAAUUGUAACAAAGCAGACAGGCAAUGAAUGUGUGACGGCCAUCGAGAUUGUACCUGCCACUCCAGCUGGUAUGCGCCCAGCAGCCAAUGUGGCCCGAAAGUUUGCCAGCAUUGCUCGCAACCAGGUGCGCAAGAAGCGGCAGAUGGCGGCCCGGGAGCGCAAAGUGACUCGGACAAUCUUUGCCAUUCUGCUGGCCUUCAUCCUCACCUGGACACCCUACAAUGUCAUGGUCCUGGUGAACACCUUUUGCCAGAGCUGUAUCCCCGAGAGGGUGUGGUCCAUCGGCUACUGGCUCUGCUACGUCAACAGCACCAUCAACCCCGCCUGCUAUGCACUCUGCAAUGCCACUUUCAAAAAGACCUUCCGGCACCUUUUGCUGUGCCAGUAUCGGAACAUCGGCACAGCCAGGUAGACAGGCAGGUGCCCUAGGAGGUGCUGGUGUCAUGAGCGUGUACCGGGGAACCACAUGGCUCACCGGCUGUGGAGGAGAGAGUAGGCGGCCCCACUCUGAGUUCGCAUCUGCUGAAGAGAACAGGUCUCCCAGACACCGUGAGGUACUAGAGGCCCUUCGCUAGGAUGGGAGAGCAGAUCUCUACUGAAGCCUAGAAGGCUCAGCCCAGGGAGGGUCUGAACUGUCACCACCCGGCCCACAUCUGUUACCUUGCCUCAGGAAGAUGGGGGACAAUGGCUGGAGUGGGCAGUGGCUCUACAAAGGUCAACCAUCGGCCGAAGUGCAUAGAGCCGAGCCCAGGAGCAUCUCGGGAGGAGCAAAAGGAGCCAGGCUUGCAAGGGCGGGGUCCCCCAUGCGCUGUAAUCGGUGCUUUCCGCCUUCCUGCACCCUCCUCCCCCUGCAUGUAGGCUCAGCCCUUCCCCUGCCCCCAAGUCCCACUCCAGGGUGAGAGAGUGCCCUGCUAAUGUUGCUCAGCCAGGCUCUGGGUGGGAAACUAAGCCCUUUGGCACUCCCCUGGCCAGCAGUCAUAACUGGAUGGGACAACUGGGAAAUCAUGCUAAGCUGAGACCGAUUCCAGGGCACUGAGUCAAUUAGUGCUGGAUCAUAUGGUCAAACUGUCAAGAGCCCACCCCCACCCCCAGGUCACACAUCAAAUGAGUGGCAGCGGCGUUCCUCUCUCCUCUACAAGGAGGGAGGUGUGGAUCCAAGGGAGGAAAGGUGGUGGUAGGGACCUUGGUGAUCUAUACAGGCCUCAGUGACAGGUGACACAAGCAAGCACCCUCAUUAGUCCCCAAGGAGAGCAUUCCAGACUGGCAGUAGCCUGGACCAGAAAGACUCUUGACUAGGUGAGGCAGAGUUCAAAUGAGUCACCUAGGUUCUCUUCCCUAACCCCAGCCCUGUGGGUCCCUGGGAGAGAUGACACCCAAGGGGCCCUGGAAGACAUUUUUGUAAAUGUUCUGCUCUUUCCACUAACUGUUGGGAGCACUUCUUACGUAGCCCUCCGCUCCCCUCAGUACAUCUUUCCCCAUCCUCCCACCCCCAACAAAGCUCCCUGGCAAACUCCCUGGGAAGGGGCUUUUAUAUAUUAAAAAAGAGGCUUUUAUUGGAAAAAA